AUGAAUAGCAAUACUGAUCUACCGCCGUUGCGGCCACCGCCACGACCAAGGUCCCCGUCUGGCCAGAGAUCUCAAUCUUCACUAUCUCAGUCAUCUCUACGCAGCGAGUCAAGUCUAUCAACUGUCUCGAACGACUCUGCGCAGCAAAUGCCACCUCCGCUAGUGAACAAGCGAUCACCAUAUCUGCAGCAUGCAGCAGGAGUUCGACCAGCAACCUCUGGAGGGUCAACUCCUUCGCAAAGCUCGAAUGCACUUCCCACGAUUGGUCGACUACCUUACAGGACCUCGAUCGAUGCGCCCGCCAGGAAUCAGUCGCCUAAUAUGGGCCAAGUACAGUUUGCUCGACAUCAACGGCAGCAUAGCCAGGGGUUCUUUGAGCCUUCUUUGCCUCACGCUACGACAAAUAACACUGGACUCAGUGCUUCAACCAUUGCUGCGCAAGCUGCAAUGCACCACAUAUCGCCACCAGCAUCUCAAGGCAAUGAGCGCAAGCGAUCGUAUCCUGGCCUAGCACCCAUCAAUACAGCUCCAGAACCUAUGCGACGGCCGAGCGCGACCCAAAGUCCGCAAGUGAGCUCGGCUGGUGGUCUAUCGUAUAGCAACGGAUCAGUCGGUGGACACAGGCUCGCAGCGACAACUGCGGCAAAUGUUGCCUUCCCGAAUGGUAGAAGUCCUCUGCCUUCGCCGAACGCGUUUAGCACAAACAUGAUAGCGGUGCCUAGUCCGCCGCUCGAGAAGGAGGCGAAGAGUAAGAGUUCGAAGAUGAAGCUCUUCUCCAAGCCAAAAGCAAUCAAUCUGUCUAAGGACAAGGAGGCCAAGGUAGCGCCUGGCAUGCCUUCACCAAGCAAAAGUGUGAUUGGCGCAAGCUUACUGAGGAGCGGCUUUGCGAAUGCAUCGACGACAAGCCUUGUUCCACCAGAGUCUAGUGCAAGCUCGCUUUACUCUUCAGCUAAUGCUUCGACUUCUACGCUCGUACCGACAGCGACCAACAUCGAGCGCGAGAAGGAAAAGAAACAUCACUUUCUAUCGCGGCAGAAGCAUAAACCAAAAGAUGAUCCUUCUCAGCUCCCACUGUCAUCCGCACAUUCGAACUCGCAAGCGACGAAUCCGGACAAGCCGCAGCCACUGUACUCCUUCACGCCUGAUUCGCCUGGUCCGAAUAGCUUUGCGAAGUCUAUGUCAGGCUUUGAUCUACGACAUGGUGGAAGAGCGUUACGAGAGAAGAAGAAAGAAGAGAAAGCUGCUGCAGCUGCUGCAAAGCUUGAACUUGUGCCCGUGAACUCGAAUGGCUCGGGUGGCCAAAGUGAACAGUAUUUGGGACCUAGCCAAUAUGAUACCUCUCUUGGACCACCUUCUGGUCCGACUGCGGGUGUCUUCUCUUUCCUAUCCGACACAAAUCCUUCGAGCUCAUUGCAGGCCUUCAGCAACAUUGGUACACAGAUGGGCUUACCUGGUAUAGGCCCCGACGAUGCAUGGCCAUUGCUGAAAGCUCGGCUGCUGAAUCUGUUCUCAGGAGAAGAGCUCAGAACCCCGGUCGAGGACUUCAACAUGCUGGUGAACGUGCACAUUCGAAGGUGCAUACAGCGCAAGUCACCUGUCGUGUUGGUGGAAGAUGUACGAGAGCUACUUCAGACCGGCUUUACUUCCUUGUCGCAAACGCUACGGGGUGUGCCGGACGAUAGGCUGGUGUUGAAGUUGGUCGAGAUGUGGAUUGGAGUACAAGGAAGUAUCCUGCCAUUUCUACAAGCUGUCUUCUUGCCACUGGACCUCGAAUUCAAAGGUCGUGGCGUAAUCAUGAGCGUCCGAGAAGCACAUGAGUUCUGGGGUGCGAUGCCAGAGAGCCUGAAAUCAGACGAGCGUCCUUCAUCCUCAGGCGGCAUGAUCAGAUUGCCUAGUCUUGGUGAAGAGCUCGAGAUCAGACGCAUUACACUGAUCACGUUCCGAGAUACAGUGAUCCUGCCUAGACACGAAAGUCUGAUGGCCACGUUCAGCAGGUUGUCUCUUGACAGUAUCAACGCGGCUGCUUCCCCAGAGGUCAGCUCAGAGGGACGAAAUCAUGCACGAAGCGAUCCUGCAACUACGGGCGCUGAGCGACCAGACACUGCAGGUAGUCUCAGCCCGCAUAUGAGCAGCUUCAACUCGCAAGGCUCAACUCUUCUUGAUGCUGCGAGCAGUUCUUCUGGCGGUGCCAUGAGUCUGGCUAGUAGAAGUCGCGCGACCUCGAACACAUCGGCUGGAUCGUUUGGUACGAGCAUGCCACAUCUCAAUUCACCACUUGCAGGACCGGGCUCGUUCAACGCUACUAAUCAACCUUCGCCAGCAGCCGUCUUUACGGAUCCGGCGAAGGUCACAGACACAGUUGCGAGGAUGCUGCAGUGCUUAUAUGUGCUUGCGAGCUGUCAGACUGGCGAUGUGGGACAAGGUGUCGUCGAGCGACUGACAGGUGCGCUGAAGUACAAUUGGCUUGGUCGCGGCAGGACGGGGAGAGAUCGGAGAGGGUUUGUGGGCAUGAAACCCGGACGCCGAGUUGGGCUGGUUGGUGCUUGA